AUGAGUGGGAGUUACUCAUUGCCAUACUCGAAUCACGCUGAUGAGUCGCAUCAGUAUUCGAAAACAUUCAAACCAAAUCAGAAAACUUCAUUACAAGAGUCAAUACUCCAGCAAAUUACAAAACAUAAACGCAUUGUUCUUUUAGUUAUUACAUUCAUAUGUCUAUCCUUGUUUACAAAUGUCCCAUAUUUACCCCACUUGAAACCUUCAUCGCCAAAGGUUGUGAUCAUAUUGGCAGCCAAUGAAGGUGGCGGUGUGCUCAAAUGGAAGUCACCACAAGAAUGGUCUAUUGAGAGAUCAUCAAUAGCGAAUAAAAAGUAUUAUGCCAAAAAACACGGAUAUGGGUUAACAAUAAAAGACAUGACUAUAAAGAAGAGAUAUUCACAUGAGUGGAGAGAAAGUUGGGAGAAAGUGGAUCUUUUAAAACAAACAAUGAGACAAUUUCCUCAAACAGAAUGGUUUUGGUGGUUGGAUCUACAUACCUAUAUCAUGGAACCACAAAUUUCAUUAGAGCAACAUUUUUUGAACAACUUGGAAAAUGCCACUUAUAGAUCAUUACAAACAUUUAAUCCAUUGGGAUUACCUACGGACAUUCCUUACGUUGAUUACUCACAACCAAUAGAUAUGAUUGUGACUCAAGAUUGUGGUGGAUUCAACUUGGGUUCAUUUUUGCUUCGUCGUUCACAAUGGUCAGAGAUGUUGUUAGACAUUUGGUGGGAUCCAGCAAUGUAUGAGCAAAUGCAUAUGCAAUGGGAACAUAAAGAACAAGAUGCUCUAGAGACAUUGUAUUCAACUCAACCGUGGAUAAGAGAAAGAACCGCGUUUUUACCCUUAAGAAAAAUUAAUGCAUUUCCUCCGGGUGCUUGUGCCGAUAAGGCGGACGACCCACAAUAUUUCUUUAAGGAGCAUGAUUUUGUUGUUAACAUGGCUGGUUGUGAAUGGGGACGUGAUUGCUGGGGAGAAAUGGAACAUUAUAAGGCAUUAUCGAAGAAGCUACAUAAGAAAUGGUGGAAAUUCUGGUAG